AUGGUGAGGUUAAUUAUAGUCGUUUUAGCAUGUUUUACAUCUGCGUUUGCGCAGGUGCCUGGUUUUGGUGGAUGUCCAAGCUCUAACACGGUAGCUAAUUUUGACAUUGACAGAUAUCUAGGAAAGUGGUAUGAGGUGUAUAAACUUCCUAACUUGUUUCAAAAAGGACAGACAUGCGUAACAGCUAACUACUCUAUAAAAGCGGAUGGACAUAUUAAAGUAUAUAACCAAGGAUUUUCUAACGGUAAAACAGUUUUUGCUGAGGGUGAUGCCUAUAUACCAGACAAAGCAGAUGCAUCAAAACUUUCUCUUAGAUUUACAAAUGCGGCUCCAUACGGUCAUUACUGGGUCUUGGACACGGAUUACACGACCUAUACUGUAGUGUUUUCUUGUGAGUCUUUGGGUGGAUUAGCUCACAUAGAAUUUGCUUGGAUCCUUACUCGAAACAAUACUAUAAGUGACAGUUUAAAACAGAAAGUGUUCCAAAUAUUUGAGAAAAAUGGUGUCCCUACAAAAUCUCUCACGAAGACAACACAGGAUUGUGGAAAGGAUGUGUAA